GACAGAGGAACGAUGGCUGCCGGAGGAGCAGGAUGCGGGGAUACGGUAGAGGAAUAUCGGGCCGAGGUGGAGCGCCUGACCCGGGAGCUGGCGGAGGCCAACCGCGAGAAGAUACGGGCGGCGGAGUGCGGACUGGCGGUUCUGGAGGAGAACCAGAGCCUGAAGCAGCAGUACGCCGACCUGGAGGCCGAGCAGGAGGCGCUAAGGGUGGAGCUGGAGCAGCUGCAGGAGGUGGGGUCAGCAGGGGCAUUCGGCCAGGCAUACUCCACCCAGCGUAAGGUCGCAGAGGACGGGGAGAACAAUGAGGAGACACUGCUGCAGGAGUCUGCCACCAAGGAGGCCUACUUUAGGGGUCGUCUCCUGGAGCUCCAGUUGGAACUGAAUCACAGUCGAGUGGCUGCCUCCAGUGCGCAGGCUGACAGCGAGCACCUGAGCAGCCUGCUGCAGGAGCUCAGGGAGCAGAGCAAUGAGAUGUUGGAGCUACAGCGGACCCGAAUGCGAGAAGAGAUCAGAGAAUACAAAUUCAGAGAGUCACGGCUUCUCCAGGACUACACCGAGCUGGAGGAGGAGAACAUCUCUCUGCAGAAACUGGUGUCAACCCUUAAACAGAGUCAGGUGGAGUAUGAAGGCCUGAAACAUGAGAUCAAAGUUCUGGAGGAGGAGACAGAGCUGCUGACCAGCCAGUUACAGGAUGCACUGCGUUUGAAGGACAUCUCAGACGCCCAGCUGGAGGAGGCGCUGGAGUCUCUGAAGAGUGAGCGCGAGCAGAAGAACCACCUGCGAAGAGAACUUGUUCACCACCUCAGCAUGUGUGAUGUGGCCUACACUGGGAGUGCAAAUCUAAUAUUCUCCUCAGCACCGCCCAGUGGAACUGCUACCCCAACUACUCUGCUCUCCCCAAACACAGAGGAGCCAACAAGAUGUAACGGUCACCUUCAGAGUGGCUCAGGACCAGUGACGGCUGUGGGCUCAGCGCUCAGGGCUAAUGGAGAGUGCAGAAGGCAGUGUCUGAAAACUGAGGGGGCCGCCACAUCAGACCUACUUACUGAGAUGAACCUGACAGAGAUUCAGAAGCUCAAGCAGCAGCUGAUAGCGGUUGAACAUGAGAAAGCAGCACUGAUGACGAGCCUGCAGGAGUCCCAGACUCAGCUGCAGCACACCCAGGGGGCCCUAACCGAGCAGCACGAGAAGACCCUCCGCCUGAGCCAGAAAGUCUCUGCUCUCCGCUGUCUUCAUCGAAGGGUCAGCCAGGAGGCUUGUAGCAGUCCCACCUCUCAACUCAACUGUGAAAGUCUGCUGGUGCUGGAUAGAGACGAUGAGGCUGAGGAGGAAGGAGAAACUGCAGAGGAGAAGAGUAAAAGUCUGGUAUUUUCAUACCAAACUCCCAGUCUGGAGAUCUUGCAGUGCAAGUACCGUGUGGCUGUGACAGAAGUGGUGGAGCUCAAGGCAGAGUUAAAAGUGCUCCAUGAGAAGCUUGCUCAGUGUGUGGAGGGAGCUGUGGAGGAGAAGCCAAGGCAAAGGAGUCAGCUCCAGAAGCUGGAGAGGCAGGUUGCCUCUCUGGAAAAGAACUGCCGGGAGGGACGGGAUAAGAUUUGUAGCCUGGAGUUUGAAUUGCAGGCUGUUCAGUCAGCAGCCAAUGAGAGCCAAGGGGCACUGAACGCAGCUCAGGAUGAGCUGGUAACCCUGAGUGAGGAGCUCGCCCAGCUCUACCACCAUGUCUGCCUGUGCAACGAUGAGACGCCCAACCGUGUCAUGCUGGAUUACUACAGACAAGGCAGGGGCCUCAGGGGCCUUAGUUCUAGUCUCAAAGCCAUGUGUACAGACAACAGCAAAGUUCUUCUCACACCACGCCUAGCCAGACGGCUUGCUGCUGUUGCUUCAACAACCUCAACUCCAGGAGAGUCGCGGACGCCCUCGGAGUCUCCAUCCAAAGAGCCCUUACAUGGAGGGAGCCGAAGAGUGGAGAAAGAGGUCCUUCAGGUGCCAUCUGAGCAGAGCCUGCCACCUAGCACACCUCCAACCCGCUCACCUAGCAUCAGUGCCUCUUCAUCAUCAUCGUCAUCUUCAUCGCCAGCCAUGGAGCCUGCUGGUGAGCUGCGCAGGGAGCCCAUGAACAUCUACAACCUCAGCGCCAUCAUUAGAGACCAGGUGAAACACCUACAGCGGGCAGUGGACAGGUCACUGCAGCUGUCCAAACAGAGGACUGCAGCCCGGGAACUGGUUCCUCUUUUGGAUAAGGAUAAGGAAAGCUGCAUGGAGGAGAUCCUGAAGCUCAAAUCUUUACUCAGCACCAAGAGAGAGCAGAUAGCCACUCUUCGACUGGUGCUCAAGGCUAACAAACAGACAGCAGAAGUGGCUCUGGCCAACCUGAAGAGUAAGUAUGAGGCGGAGAAGUCCAUGGUGACCGACACCAUGACAAAGCUGAGGAACGAAUUAAAGGCCCUGAAGGAAGACGCCGCCACGUUCUCCUCUCUGCGAGCCAUGUUUGCUACCAGGUGUGAUGAGUAUGUGACCCAGCUGGAUGAGAUGCAGAGGCAGCUGGCUGCAGCCGAGGAUGAGAAGAAGACUCUGAACUCUCUCCUGCGGAUGGCCAUUCAGCAGAAACUGGCCCUCACCCAGCGUUUGGAGGACUUGGCCUUUGAUCAGGAGCAGUCCCAUCGCACCCGGGGGAGCAGGUUGACCCGUGGAAAAACCAGCACCCCCAAAGUAAGUCCCUCGACUUUGACUACAGCCUCCAAUCCUGCUCAAGGGUCCAGUCCAGCCCCUGGCAGCCUCCCUUCUAUCAGCCCCACACCAGCUCUUCGCAAUGAUCCCUCUGACCACCUUAGCCCAGCCACUGCGGCUCUGGCCUCAGCUACCACCUCCCCCACCUCGCACGCAUCCUCUCACAGUCUGUCAUUACCAUCGGUUGCCUCGCUGAGUGUCCCUCCAAUGCCAGGGAGCCCCCCUUCUCUGGAGGCCCCCUCGCCUCCUUCAGCACAGACCCCACCCUCAACCCCUCUGAGGGUUUCUCACUCCCAGUGGACGGUGGGGGUGAGAACGUUUGUGGUCGACUCCCCCAGUUUCAGCGCGAACAUCUCCCCUGCUCCCGCUCGCCCCUCAGGCCUAUCCAGGCACUGCACUCCACACACUCACACCCCUCCUCUCUCCCCCACUACCAGGCCCACCCAGCCAGGAUCUGCUCCCUCCUCUCCCUAUCGGUCCCCUGGUCUGGGUCUCAGACGGUCCACGUGGAGCCCCUCACCUCGAACUCGUCCCCUGCCCAGCAUGACACGCUCAUCCGUCCUUUACACUCCCUCCUCAUCCUCCCCUUACUCCUUCCCUUACUCCCCAUCUUCUUCCCACAGCUAUUCAUCUGCCUAUUACAGCUCCCCUUCUGCUUUUACCCCCUCUAGCUCCUACCUCACCUCUGGCAGCUCCACUUCCUACAGCCAUUCCUCACACUACACGCCCCUCUACCCCAGAUUCUACAGCUCCUACAGGCCCCGGGAAUGACGCUGUACUGCAAGUCUGUCAAAGGCUACUGCACUGAGCUCCCCGUUUCUAACAAACUGCAGCCCCCAUAACGCUUCUCUUUUAUCACCUAAGAGGGGGCUCACAGAAAGGAGGACAGACUGGUUUCCCGUUUCCUGUGCCUAAGCCGUGGCCAGUGGGUUCUGAAUGUUCAGUGACUUUGCUCAGGGAUUAUAUGGAGCACAAACGUCCCCGCCUUCUUUUAUUCUGAGACUGCUGACUGGUUCACAGGAGGACAUUAACGAAGACUUUCCAAAGUUUUUAGCAUUUAGAUGAAUCAGGUUGACUACACAUUGACUGGACACUUACAUGUUUAGAUGGGGCUCAUGACACAUGAAACACUGUACUCUGUAUUCAGUUUAAUACUCACAUUGAUUGGUAGUCUGUCUCAUAUCCUCUAAACCGACACAUUUUUGACACAGAGGAAGCAGUGACCACGGUGAAAAUCCUCAUGGCACAGAUAAUGAUGCAUAGCUUGGGCACUCAGUUACUCUCGUGGAGCCCACAGGUUGUGUGGACAAUUGUCUACAGCUGCUCGUUUUCAUUUCCUUCCCUCGCUGCAGGCCAGUGUACAUUCUUGGGACACUCCUCCCGUUGUGGUCUUCUUUGUCCAGGGUGUUGCCAUGAUAAAGCUCAUCCCUCAGUAUUUUUUGUUCAUCUCUAGCAACACCCAGUGUUCUUUUUUUAUAUAUAGCCAUACACUCAGCUAUGCAUGUUCACUGUCCCUCCGCUUGCCUUUGAAAGGUCUGUGUAAUUGCAGUUGAAGGCUGUUUGGAAGGUUUGGGAUGGAGAAAAUCUUCUAAGAUGAACAGGAAGCUGGGAUGAGGGACCUUAAACUGUAUGAUCACCGUAUGAUCAGUUGAUACUAUAGUAUACCAACCGUACCAUCUCAUCUCAUGUGUUCUUGUAGCCAACACACAGUUUUCUGGUUAAGUUUUUUUCCCCAAAGAUUAGAGUUUUCGUUAAAAGGAAGAAAAAGU